AUGGGGCAGUCUCCCUCUUCUUCCGCCGCUGACGGAGUCUCCGGCCCGCCGCCCACGGUAAGUCCACGUUGAUCAGCAGCUAUCAUAGAGUAGAGUUUGCCUGAUUAUGUUCAGCGAACGUUUUGUAUUUCGAAAAAAAAUAGGCAUACAUCUUUACGAAUACAUCUGCAAACGUCUAUAUAGAUACAAAAACAUUUAUGCUCUGUGCUUCAUACAAUACGCUCGUCUCCAAUAACAUCGGCCGCCGCAUGCGUUCAUCUUUCCGCCAAAGCCAUAAAUCUGAGAGCUACGCGCGAAGACGAGGUCAGCAAUCUGCGCGAACACGUGCUUCUCUUCAGACGGACCAUUCCGGCGGAGCGUCUCCGCUUCACCAACAGCAGCAACAGUCGUCAAUCAUUCCACAAGCAACGGUGAGUCGCUCAUCCAACAACAUUCGAUAUGUCUUUAUUCUCUUUUUCUGCUGAUGAUUUGUGCUCUAACAAUUAGUAAUGCACCCCUCUAGUUUGCACCUUCCGGUCAAUCUUGAAUCUCUCCUCAUUAGUGUACAUCUUCUGAGCCUCCUCGUUUAGUUGUGAGAUGAUUAGUGGGAAAGGAAAAUAAUUCUGAAUGAUUUGCACGCUUUUAGGUCACUUUCGACAACAUCGUCGACGUUCUCCGCACCACUAUCACCGCCGAAGUAUGCUUCCAACCGUACCCUCCCGAACAUGUUAUUCAGAAGCUCUUGUCCAUUGAUUAUGUCGUUCUCCGUUCCAAAUUCAAUCAAGGGGAGCAGUAUCUCUCGUCGAUAUUGUCGAUGCUCGAGUACCUGGCCAGCAAGGGAGUCUUCGAUCGAAACCACAAACUGGUAGACUUGGCGAUGAGAAUCUGUAUUGAUGUGGCUGUUGCCCUGCCGCAAAUACAUAUGAAGCAGUUCGAAGCGUAUGUGAACAAAGCGUCCAGUUACAUUGACGGGUAUGUGAAAUGCCAUGUUCGCACGGGCUUGACGUGGAUUUGCAUUUUCAGUAUUGUCAAAGCGAGAGCUGUCCAAUACGAAAAAGCGAUCGACGUUCACAUGCAGUUGGAGGCAGCCGCAAACAAGACAUUGCAGGACGAGAAGAAAGCGAGAGACGCUCUCUCCGAAGAGAUUGAUCGCCUGAAGCAAGAGCUGGAGGCGUUGAAGGCGUCCACUGCGAAGGAGAUCGUGCGUGCGAAGCAGAAGAUCACGAGACUGGAGAAGGAGAAUGACAGACUGGAACAACAAGUGACGACAAUGAAAACCACGCAGAACCUGGAGGACCUGAGUCUGGUCAGCAAGAGAGCGCUGAGAGACGAACUGAAAACGUAGGUGCUCGGGGGGAACACUCGAACCAUUAAAACGUUUCAGAACAGAACACACCGUGAAAACGUUGAAAGACGAAAAUUCGACUCUGUUGGAAGCGUUGAAACUGGCAGGUAGCAACAAAAUUGAGUUGGAGAGAGUGGUGGAAGCCGAGAAGGAAAGAUGAGUUGUAGAGAGGGGGGACUUGACCUUAUCUGUUUUGUUUUACGUCUUUCAGACUGGAACAGCAAUUCAGAGCAGUCAGAGAAAGGGAGUCGACGGAGAAAGAGAAGCGUGAUAGGGUAAAACUGAACGAAGAACGCCAGCUUACCAACUGCUUGUCCGAUGUGAUCGGCACGAUUUGGCUUUACCAGUUCAGAAAUGAGCACGAGAAGGCGGAGAAGUUUGCGAAGAUGUCCAAGAUGCUGGUGGAUUCGAGAAGACACGAGUGUGUGAAGGCGGCGAAGGCGAAACUGAACGCGUUCAAAGCGAAAGGAGAUGCCGAACUGACGAAGAAGAUCGAACAGGAAAUUGCGAGGGGAGAAGCAGCGAAGAGAGAGUACGAGAGAAUGUUCGAGACGAAGAUCGAAAGCGUUGUGAAGAAGCCGAACAUGCCCAUCGCGGGCUGUGAUAUCCCCACGCACGCCACCUAUCUUCCGAUCAUCAGUCCAGAAAUAGAGGAUGCAAUUGACAAGCAGAUGGAAGAGUGGAACAAAUAA